ACAAAAUCCAAAUUAUUAAAAAAAAGAAAAAGAAAGAAAACCUGAAAACGAAAAAUAGAGCUUGUUAGAGAUCGUACCGUACCGACUACCGAGCUGCAUUCAUUCGCAGUUCUCAAGAACACUCCGACGAACAAAACCCACUUCCCAAUUCCCAUUCUUCUUCUUCUUCUUCUUCUUCUUCACUAUCUCUUAUCGAUUCAUAGAUUUCUUUGUACAUUCUUCAGAUUCUGCUUCUUCCAAUUUUCCCCGUCGUCUUCACAUUCUGUACAUUAUUCUACCCCAUUAUAAUCCGUGCACCAAUUUUCAGUUUUGCAAUUUUGGGUUACUUUUACAACUUGUUAUUAUUACUUUCUGCGAGCUUUAUGUUUCGGAAUCAAGUUUUGUCGUUGAUUAUUAUUUUUAGGGUUUACCUCUGUUAAGCUUGAAUUUCAAAUUUUGAAGAGAAUAGAAGGAACUUUAUAAGAACAAGAAGAAGAAUAACCAGAUAACCUUAGCGAUAUUUAAACCUAGAUAGUGUGAUUUUUGUUUUGGGAAUUCAGUUGAGUUGAGCUUUUUUGUUGUGCGUGAAUUUUUGUGGUGAUUGAAAUUGAAAUUAGGAAUGGCCUCUUACAGGCCCUUCCCUCCGCAAUCUAGUCAAAACCCUAACCAUCAGUAUAAUCAGAAUUGGAGUGGUGGUUAUGGUGGUGGUGGUGGUGGAGACCCUUCUACUUCAAAUUCAUUCCCUCCACAACCUUAUAACCAAAUGCCCCCAAAUUCAAAUUUCCAUUCUCAUGGUGGGGGUGCUGCACCACCACCUCCUCCUCCUUCCCAUCACCCCUACCCUUAUCCACCACCUCCACCGCCACCACCCGAAAAUUCAUACCCGCCUCCACCUCCACCACCACCUUCUUCACAUGGUGCUCCUAUGUUUUACCCUUCUAGUCAAUACUCUCAGUAUGGGCAGCAGCCACCUCCACCACCUCCCCCUCUGCCUCCAUCUUCGCCUCCGCCGAGCAAUUCUAUCCCACCUCCACCCCCUCCACCUUCCUCGCCACCUCCUCCUCCUGCUUCAGCUCCUCCCCCGCCGCCACCAAAGGAUGAGAGACGGAUGCAUAGCCGAGAUAAAGGGCCGAUAAAGGAAGGUUAUGAGCAUUCAAAUCAUGGAAAUCCUCAUAAACAGCAGAAGCCUUCUGCUGUUCCUCCAAUGCCAGUGAAGAAGCCGAACGGGGUGCAGGGGAGGGUUGAGACAGAAGAAGAGAGGAGGUUAAGGAAGAAGAGAGAAUUUGAGAAGCAGAGGCAAGAAGAGAAGCAUAGGCAGCAGCUGAAGGAAUCACAGAACAGUGUCUUGCAGAAGACUCAGAUGAUGUCAUCUGGGAAGGGGCAUGGUUCGGGUUCGGUUGCAGGGUCUCGAAUGGCAGCAGAGAAGAGAACUACACCCUUAUUGAGUGCGGAGAGAAUUGAAAAUAGGUUGAAAAAGCCAACAACAUUUUUGUGCAAAAUGAAAUUCCGAAAUGAACUUCCAGAUCCAAGUGCACAACCUAAGCUUAUGGCGUUCAAGAGGGAUAAAGAUCAAUAUACGAAAUAUACAAUCACAUCGCUGGAGAAAAUGUACAAACCCAAACUUUUUGUGGAACCAGAUCUUGGGAUUCCUCUGGACCUGCUUGACCUCAGUGUUUAUAACCCUCCCAGUGUCAGACUACCUCUUGCUCCUGAAGACGAAGAUUUGUUGCGAGAUGAUGUUGCGGCUACUCCUAUAAAGAAAGACGGCUUAAAAAGAAAAGACAGGCCUACUGAUAAAGGUGUAGCUUGGCUUGUCAAAACACAAUAUAUAUCUCCCCUCAGCAUGGAUUCAACAAAACAGACAAAUCUUUGUAUCCUGUUGAGGUUUUGCCUUUGUUACCUGAUUUUGAUAGGUAUGAUGAACAGUUUGUUAUUGCUGCAUUUGAUAAUGCUCCUACAGCUGAUUCAGAAAUGUAUGGUAAGUUGGACAAAUCUGUUCGUGAUGCCUGUGAAUCAAAGGCACUUAUGAAAAGUUAUGUUGCAACUGGCUCAGAUCCUGCAAAUCCUGAGAAAUUUUUGGCUUACAUGACCCCAACACCUGGACAGCUGUCAAAGGAUAUAUAUGAUGAAAAUGAAGAUGUCUCAUAUUCUUGGGUUCGCGAGUAUCACUGGGAUGUUCGGGGUGAUGAUGCAGAUGACCCUACAACAUUCUUAGUUGCAUUUGAUGAGUCAGAAGCACGUUAUUUGCCUCUUCCAACAAAACUUGUUUUAAGAAAAAAGAGGGCUAAAGAGGGAAGAUCAAGUGAUGAGGUCGAGCAAUUUCCAAUACCUGCAAGAGUGACUGUAAGGCGAAGGUCGAAUGUUGCAGCAAUCGAGCGAAAGGAUUCACAGGUUUAUACAAGUUCGAAAGCCAGUACUUCAAAGAGAAGGGGUCUAGAAAUGGAUGAUGAUCUCGAACAGCAUCAUCGACACAAUUAUCAAUCUAGUGGAGCUGAAGAUGACAUGUCUGAUUAAUUCUUUUAUGCAAAUGCUACUGUCUUUAAUGCAAACUUGCUCAUCAAAGUAGUGGCUGGUUGGCGGCAGAUUGCGCCGAUGGCCGAGUUUGUAGAGGUGUUGCUGCUUCGCUGAAGGAAAACCAAUGAAAAACCCCAUUUUUUUUUUUCAUGUUCGUUUUUAACCCAAUUCACUGGAUAUACUUUCAGAUUGUAGGAAGAUUUUAAAGUUAAUAUAGAAUUUCAUUUUAAUACAACAAAAAAUAGAAAUUUUUGAGAAACAAUUAUAUGUAAAAAUAAAAAAAAAGGAGAAAAAGGCAUGUCACAAAAAAAAAAAAUGGUAAGGAGAUUCUAUUAUCCUUCAUCCUUCACGAAUCCUAUCAUUGCUCUGAAUGCCUUUUUCACUUGGUGAACACUGAACAGCUUUAAGCUUUUGCUUGCCAAUGAAUGUGUUAUUUUGGCAUUUAUCAGUUCUAGGCUUCUAGUGUUGUAGCAUUCUGAUUCUAAUGCAGAUUUUAGCAGUUUUUGUUGCUGUUGUAGAUUAUGAUAUUUUGACACCCUAAUUAGUAAUUACCUUAAGUA